CAGGUUCCUGUUAGGGGGGGUUUGGUGGUCAAACUGAGCCUUGUGCUGCUGCUAUUAAACUGGAAUUAACUUAAAAAUGCGAGUACACACGCCUUUCCACAUGGGGAGAUGAUUUCCUCAGUUUUUUGGGAACGCGGGGUUUCAUUUCUUCUUGUUUAGAGAGAGAGCGCGUCCCGAGUUUCGCGGUGCUUUUCACACCCGGGUUGUGGGAGCGGCCCGUGGCGUCCAGCGAGCAGGAAAGUCCGAGGAUUGACUUGCGGCCUACGCUCAGUUUCGGGCUUGGAGUGUGUUUUAACAUCUUUUAAAGCCGGGGAAUUAAUCAACUUCUAACGCAUACUCGGUUAAGGGGAAACACUAAGGACUGACCAAAUUGGAGGUAAACUGGUGGAACUGCCUCUGUUCCUUCACCUCCCAUAUCUCAUUCUUCACGUUUGGAGGAUGCCGCCCCACACGGGGCUCUGAGUGUGUUUCGGAGCCAGCGAGUGCUCCUGAAGCUUCGCGGUGUAAUAAUACAUCUCCCAUUCCUCACCUGUCUUGGUCCUACUAAGCUGCCAAAAUGAGUUCCUCGUUGCCCCCCCACCUGUCGCACCGCGGGCAGUCCAGCAACCCCUUCCCCCUGGAUUCGCACACCAAGCGCUCCCACUACGGCACCAAGCUCAAUCCAUACACGCGGGCGCGGAUGGCAGAGGCGUGGCAGCAGCAUGCUGUUGCCCCGCCUCCAGUCGUCCACACCCUCCCGCCAGGGGCGGAGAGCGCGCUCGGAUGCGCGGUGUACGGCAUCGUGUUGCAGCCGGAAACCCUACAGUCGCAGCAGCAACAACAGCAGCAACAUCACAGCCAGCAGCACAGCCAGCAGCAGCAACACCCGUCUCAGGCGCAGCAGCCGACGCUGCAGGUGGGGAGCGAAGGAGGCCACAAAUGCGGCGCAUGCGGCCAUGACAUUUCGCACCUGGCCAAUCCGCACGAGCACCAGUGCAUGGUAAGCCAGGACCGAUCGUUCCAGUGCACGCAAUGCCUAAAGAUUUUUCACCAAGCCACGGACCUUCUAGAGCAUCAGUGCGUACAGGUGGAGCAGAAGCCAUUCGUGUGUGGCGUGUGUAAGAUGGGUUUUUCGCUGCUCACGUCGCUGGCACAGCACCACAACGCACACAAUAGCGGAAACCCCAUGAAGUGCUCGAUCUGCGAGAAAACCUACCGGCCCGGAUCUUCAGGAAACGCCACACCGACCUCGUCGGGCAGCAACACUCAGCCUUCCAGUGACGGGGCAUCGGCGAGCAGCAGCGCAGCGGUCGGGGCUUCUGGGCAGCCAAAUUUUGAAUCCUCAACUCCUUACAGGCCCUAUAAGUGCUCGGUGUGUUCGAAGGGUUUCCGGCAUCUGUCAGAACUGACACGGCACGAGCGCGUGCACACGGGCGAGAAGCCGUUCAAGUGCGAGACGUGCGACAAGAGCUUCAGCCAGCAUUCACACCUGCAGCACCACCAGCACACGCACAGUUCGGAGCGACCGUUCAAGUGUGCCGUGUGUGAAAAGAGCUUCAAGCACCGGUCCCAUCUAGUGCGGCACAUGUACGCUCACUCCGGCGAGCACCUCUUCAAGUGCAACGUGUGCGAGCUGCACUUCAAGGAGUCGUCCGAGCUGCUGCAUCACCAGUGCCAGCCGCAGGGCGCGCGGCCGUUCCGCUGCGCCACCUGCGGCAAAGGCUUCAAGCGGCCGUCGGACCUGCGGCAGCACGAGCGAACGCAUUCCGAGGAGCGGCCGUAUCAUUGCGACGACUGCCAGAUGAGCUUCAAACAGCAGUACGCGCUUGUCCGUCACCGUCGCACGCACACGGCCUCCGGAGACCGACCGUUCAAGUGCAACUUGUGCGACAAGGGCUUCCUGCAGCCGUCGCACCUGCUUUACCACCAGCACGUGCACGGCAUGGACAACCUCUUUAAAUGUGCCUCAUGCGGAAAGGGUUUCAGCCAGUCGGGCGAGCUGCUACGGCACAAAUGCGGCGAGCCCUCGACCACCCCCACCAACCCGGACAAGCCGUACAAGUGCGACGUCUGCGGCAAGGCCUACAAGAAAGCCGCGACGCUGCAGCGGCAUCAAACCACGCACUGCAACGAGAAGCCUCUGAAGUGCUCGCUGUGCGACCGACGCUUCCUCUCCUCAUCCGAGUUUGUGCAGCACCGCUGCGACCCUUCGCGGGAGAAGCCGCUCAAGUGCCCAGACUGCGAGAAGCGGUUCAAAUACUCGUCCGAGAUGAACCGUCACCGGCGCGUCCACACCGGCGAGAAACCGUACAAAUGCGCCAGCUGCGAUAAAGGCUUCAAGCAGCGCGAGCACCUCGCCAAACACCAAAGCGUUCAUUCCAGGGAUGCUCAGUUCAAGUGCGUGUGGUGCGGAGAGCGCUUUGCCGAUCUCGGGUUGCUUCAGGAACACACUGUCCAACACACUGCCGAGGGAGGCGGAUACCCUUCGCUUAUUCAGUAACCUUUGUGUUUUUUUGUUUUUUUUUUUAUUCAAAAGUUGUUUUUAGAUCCAAAAAUACUAAACAAGAGGUAUUAUUAUUGUUAUUAUUAUUACUUACAAAUACGUGACUUAUUCCGUUGUAUACCAUUUCAUCACGGACAAGCAAUAGGUGCUGAAAUUUUAGAAGCAUCAUUUCUCUUUUUAGCUUUGAUUAAAGCUUCGUUUUUGUUAUAACAAAAAAGGGAAAACAAUGAAGGACAAAAACAUCCAACGGUGAGAGAAAGGGUGCAGGCGUAGCUGUUUCGUAGCUGUCAGAGAUGAAGAAAUGCCUCACCUCUGGAGUCUCUAUGCCAGUUUUUUAGUUUGGUAUUCAUUUCGAUCAGUCUUUUAUCCCUCAGAGUUAUGGAGUUUAUAUUAAAAAAUUAUUUAAAAAAACAAACAAAUAAAAAAAAUAUAGUCGGUAGGUAAUGCAUUUUUAGACGUAGUUUGUGUGCUUCGUUUGAGUUUCUUUUGCAGCCACAGAUCGCUUUCUACCAGUCACGAAUAAACCAAGGGGAGAUCAGUCCGUCCCUAGCUAAGCUCUGAAAUGAAUGAAGAAUACUGUAUAUAUGUCCUCACCUCACUGUUUCAAACUGUAUUGCCUGCUUUUAAACACCUCAGCUAGUCCAAGCUGAACAGAUGUUUUGAAACAGAGGGUGGGUUAGCCUAUAUUACAAUAUACUGAAUUAUCCAUGCUGUCUGUAAGUGUUUCGUCAUAUGUGUGUGUGUCUGUGUGUGUGUGUGUGCCCUUCGAUAAGGCAGAAAUUGUUUGUACCAAAAAAAAAAAUAACUAAUUCAAGUACUGUAAGACACGCCCCGGAUGGCAUGUCGUUAACCAGGUAGUCCAUCACCGUCUCUGCAUUUCACUGCAAUAUAUUCUAUAUAGAAAUAUAUAUACAUUAAUCAUGUAUAUAUACAUAUAGCUCAUAUUCCCACAAGUGUGACUGUCCUGAAGCAGCUUUGUGUUACUGUAAAUACAUAGUUUAGUAUGUAUGUGUCAUGUUUUCUAGUCCUGUCUUUAGUCUUCCUUUAAAAAAAGAAAAUAAACUUUUAUACAUUUCUUUUAUUAUGUGGAACUUAUUAUUCUUAUUUUUUUAAACGUUGUAGAUUUCAAGGCAUAUGAUGAUGAAGAUAAUGAUAAUGGUGGUGGUGUUUAAUACAAGUAGUUUUGGGCACCUUCUUGACUUUUUUGGGUUUGUUUAGUUUUUUCCCCUUAUCCAGAGCCAGCUUUGAGAAACAGUCAACAUCAAAACCUCGUUUAGUGUCAACCAAACUUCGAACAUGAUCCGUGUUUUUUUUUGUUUGUUUUUUUUUUCCCUGCUGUUAAGUAGCGUGUGUGAGAUUUCUACAGCCUGUAUAGAUUUAUUAUAUUUCCAGUUUACUUGCCUGCAUUUAAAACUGUAAAAUGACACCCCAUGUUGCUUUCGGUCCGGUAUGAGAGUCGUUCAUUUUCUCCCCGUGAUGUUGAAAGGGAAGGUGUGCUUGGAGCCCAGAAACGUGAAUGCAAUUGCUUUUCUAUUUUAUUUUAUUAAAUUUAUUUUAUUUUUCUUAUAUCCCCCCUCAACAAGUCAUAUUCCUUAGCACCCUAGUUCUUGUGAGUGUAAAAGAAAUGUACGCAAAUCUCUACGGCCCUUAUUUUAAACUCCAAGGUGACUGUGGUAGUAGUGUUGCACAAGCGAGGUAGGGUAAGCCCUCUUGGUUUCCCUCCAUUUUCAUGUGGCUGUGAUAGAUGAGCAGGCCUCUGAGGGACAUGCAGUAUUAUAAUUAACAUGUGCCGUGUGGAGGUCAGAGCUCUAGAUACAUUUGGCCUUAAAAGCAUGAGCAAUUCAGGGUGUAUCCAUAAGCCUCCAUGUUUAUAUUGUGGUCUUUAAUUUUUUUUAUAUACAUAUAUAUAUUUUACAUAUACAUUCUUAAACAUUUGUGUAUUGUUUAAAGAGGUGUUUUUUUUUUGUUUGUUUUUUUCGGUUCCCCCAGACAUUUAAAGUUUGACUCAAAAUGGCAGUCAGAAUUUGAGAAAAUAUAUUUAAAAAAGCUAUGCCUUUUUAUCUUCAACAUUUGCAUUGUACAUUCGUUUUUUUUUUUGUUUGUUUGUUUUUUUAAAUAUUGUUUAAAUUUCUAUAUAAAUAUAUAUUCUUGGUGGGAGGGUCAGGGCCACAGAGGAAGGGAUAUGCUGAGUACUGGGAUUAAAGGAGCCAUUUUGGG